UGCAUAAGCAUGCACCGUUAUAUAUCAGAGGGGAAAGCGGUCAGCAUAUCUAUCCAUUGUUUCGUGUGCUGCUCCGUCACAGAGCAGCAAGGACACCGCUUGGUCGUCGGCUAGCCACAAGGCAACAUGUCUCCAAAGAAAGCCAAGAAGAGAGCGGAUGGAGCGAGCUCCAACGUGUUCUCCAUGUUCGAGCAGGCCCAGAUCCAGGAGUUCAAAGAGGCUUUCACCAUCAUGGAUCAAAACAGAGACGGAUUCAUAGACAAGAACGACCUGAGGGACACGUUUGCAGCUUUAGGUCGGCUAAACGUCAAACAGGAAGAGAUUGACGAUAUGCUGAAGGAGGCUCCGGGUCCGGUCAACUUUACAGUCUUUCUCACCAUGUUUGGGGAAAAACUAAAAGGUGCUGACCCAGAGGAGACCAUCCUGAAUGCUUUCAAAGUCUUUGACCCUGAGGGAACAGGAACACUAAAGAAAGAUUACGUGACGGAGAUGUUGACGACCCAGGCGGACAGAUUCUCGGCUGAAGAGAUGGAACAGAUGUUUGUAGCGUUUCCUCCUGAUGUAGCGGGGAACCUGGACUACAAGAACCUGGUCCACAUCAUAACACACGGUGAAGAGAAGGACCAGGAAUAGAUGGAGUCAGCCUCACGGGUCCAGCUGGUGUCCAGUUACGUCGGCACACAAACCAUCGUCUGAAUAAAAAAGUUGAAAAAGAAAUUUGGUCUCGGUUUCGCUAACUGUCCUAAUUAAAGUUCAGUCACGUGCUAA